AUGCAAGUGCAAACCAACGCCACUGGGUCUCCAGAUCCAUUGCCUCCUCUACCCUGGAAUCACUAUUACCAGAAUCUAUAUAUGCCACACGUUAUCGUCAUCCUUGGUAACAUCGGAAUCACAGCCGGGUACCAUCGUUUGUGGACCCACAAGUCAUACGAGGCCUCCCUUUCUUUGAGGGUGUUCUUGGCAAUUUUCGGUGGUGCUCAACUCCAAUGGUCAAUCCUUUGGUGGGUAACACACCAUCGUGCACAUCACUGGUACCUUGAUACAGACAAAGAUCCCUAUGAUUCUCGAAAAGGAUUCUUCUUUUGCCAUGUAGGCUGGCUCCUUGGAUACACGCCCAAGACAUGGGGCCCGGUCAACAUCGCUGACCUCAAAGAUGACCCGGUAGUCCUGUGGCAAGAUAAGUAUUAUUUUAUCAUUGCCGCGCUUGGCUGCUUCGGACUACCGACAAUAAUUGCCCACUAUGGAUGGAAUGACUGGCAGGGAGGUCUUAUCUAUGCUGGUUUCCUUCGUGUUUUCCUCUACCUCCAAGUUACCUCCCUCACCAAUUCCCUCGCCCACUCCGAGUGGGGAGGCAAAAAGCCAUAUUCAGCGAAGCACAGUGCAGUGAACAACAUUUUUCUUGGAGUUGUCAACAGUGGCGAGGGAUGGCACAACUUCCAUCAUACAUUCCCGACAGACUUUCGCAAUGGAAUACAGUGGUACGAAGUCGACUUGUCUAAGUGGAUGAUCCGGCUAUGGUGUCAGCUUGGUCUUGCGUCGAACCUAGUAAAGGUAUCCGACUUUGAAAUUGAGAGGCAGAUACGCAGAGUUCAAAACAGGGAGAAAGACGAGCGUGUUGAAGAUGAUCGCCGGAUACUUUCAACCCUUCCAACGAUGCAGUGGACGGAAUUCAUUAGCCAAGCCAAUACCGGCCGAUGUCUGGUGUGCAUCGAUGGGGUCAUACAUGAUAUAUCGGAUUUUAUGGGAGAACACCCCGGGGGGAGAGAUUUAUUACAUCAAGUUCUUGCGAAUGACGGGACGGCUGCGUUCAAUGGCUUUCAUGGUCAUUCUCCUCAUGCGAGACACAUUUUGACGACAAUGCGGAUUGCUGUUCUCCAAGAUGGACCUGCAACCGACUUCAAGUGA